CCCACUUUGACACACCAUGAAAUGAAGGCCAAAUUUUCCCACUUUUGUGUCCGAUGUUUCAUGUUUUCCUCCAAAAAUGUGUGAUGUUCCCGACAAAAAUGGACGAUGUUAAGGUCAAAUAUGGAUCUCCGAUCCAUCUUCCUCCGAUCCAUAAUAACCCUUUUCUCCCCCAUUCGAUCUUCAUCACCAUCAAGCUCAAGUGGUAAGCAUGGCUGCUACCACCAUUCUAAGCCGCACCGUGGGGUGCUUUUUCUUCCUCGUGCUCGCCUCCUUCUCUGCAUCUUCUCUGGCUUUAACCAACGCCGAGGUAGAAUACAUCUCCCGCCGGCAGCUCCUCAACUUCGGCAACGGCGACAUCCCCGACGAUUUCGAGAUCGUCGUCGACCCGAAGCUGAAGUUCGCCAACGACCGGCAGAAGAAAGCCUUCGUGGCGCUGCACGCGUGGAAAGAAGCCAUUUAUUCCGACCCGAAGAAGACGACGGCGAACUGGGUCGGCACCGAUGUCUGUUCCUACAACGGCGUUUUCUGCGACCACGCGCUCGACGACCCCAAGUCGUGGGUGGUCGCCGGGAUCGACCUUAAUCAAGCCGACAUCGCCGGCCACCUCCCCGUCGAGAUCGGACUCUUAACCGACGUCGCCGUCAUCCACCUCAACUCCAACCGCAUCUGCGGCAUCGUCCCUAUCAGCAUCAACAAGUUGAAGCUCUUAUACGAGCUCGAUCUGAGCAAUAACCGUUUCGUGGGCCCCUUCCCGGAAAUCGUGCUGGAACUAAACCUUAAAUACCUCGAUUUACGCUUCAACGAUUUCGAAGGGAAACUCCCGCCGGCAUUAUUCGACAAGAACAUCGACGUCAUUAACCUAAACAAUAACCGCUUCGAGUCCGAACUCCCCGAGAAUUUCGGCAAUUCUUCCGCCUCGUUAAUCGUCCUCGCUAACAACAAAUUCAGCGGAUGCGUUCCGGCGAGCAUUAGCACUGGCAGAAUGGCCGACAGCCUGGAAGAGCUGUUAAUGUUGAACAAUGAUUUCUCCGGCUGUUUGCCGGAGGAAAUCACGCACCUCAAGAGUGUGACGUUGUUUGAUAUGCAAAGCAAUAAGUUGACCGGAGAUUUGCCGGCGGGGCUUGAGUACAUGAAGAACGUGCAAAGCAUCGUGCUUUCCGACAACAUGUUCAGCGGGAAAGUUCCCUACAACCUCUGCACGCUGCCGGGGCUGAAGAACCUGUCGCUCGCCAACAAUUUCUUCGACCAGGAAGAUGAGGCGUGCGUGCCGCCGCGGGAUGGGAUUGAGAUUAAUGAUUCCGGGAACUGUUUGGUCGGGCGGCCGGGGCAGAGGUCGGAGAGUGAAUGCCAGAAGGUUUUGAGUACACCGGUUGACUGCAGUAAAACCGGUUGUAGAAAACCCCAGGAGGCGGCGCCGCCAACGUUAACGCCGGAGCCAAAUGCUCCGACGCCUGUGGCGGAAACUGAAGAUUCCGGGGAGUCGCCGGAGCCCUAUAACCCACCAAUCUAUCUCCCUCCAGCUCCCGGCCAGGAGCCACCUGCAAUACAGCCGGAAUCCCCGCUGCCGCUCUCACCGGAACCAAUCUCUAUUGUCCCAAGUGCGGCCCCCAUUAGCGAGACACCAGAAGUUCCAAUUCCGAGUGCUCCAGAAGGCGAGGGGCCGGCACUCGCGCCGGAAGUUCCAUUCUUUACACCGGAUGCUCCAGAAUCUAGCCCGCCGUCGCUGGCACCGGAACCUGAAUCUACGCCGGAAACACCUGAAUCUUCUACGCCAACAUUUGAUGAUCAAACGGGGACACCACCACUUCCACCGGAGGGUUCUAUGACUCUUUCCCCGACUUCUGAGCCGCCGGAAUCUACUUCUCCGCCGCCCUUUGCGGACGUUAAAAUUCCUCCUAACUUGGGGUACAUAUACGCUUCACCGCCACCCCCAAUCUUCAAAGGCUAUUAAUUGAGUGGGCGUGAUGAUACGUUUCUAUAUCUUUAGCACCAUUUUAGAUUGAAAAACAAACAACGAAAUUACCAUGCAGAAAUAUAUCCUUAGUAUAGUGUUGUACCAGUAGAUCAGAACUUAAUUGUCAGCAUAUUUUGGCUUUCUGGAGAAUUCUUGUGUAGUUGUGUGUAACUGUAUUGUACCCAUUGCAUAAAGUUUCUUCUGAAACGUAAAGAAAUACAAAUAGCAUUUCCAUU